UACGGUAGCCAAAAGUUAUGUUAGGCCUGGUGCAGCACAAGCUCUGUCUGUUGUUCUAAAAUGGCAGCAUCGAUCAAGUGAGAAUGCCUUCAAGUUUCUGUAAAUCCAACUGAUUUGAAAUGGCUGGUUCUGCGGACGAAUCAUCAUCACCAUCAGGCGACCCAGAAGGCUGCAGUAGUUGUUGGAAUUGGAGGAGGGCAUUAUCAGCUGAAGUAAAGCUGUUCCGAGGAUUUGCGUUUGCUUUUACCCUCGUCUUCACGUUACUCCUCUUCUUGUCCUUCUAUCUCUUCUAUCUUCGCCUCCGCCGUCUUCGCCGCCGUUCACCGCAUUGGUCGGAACCCUCAUCUGUCAACAAUGCGGUAUCCACGGAGCAAGCUGAUUUGGGGCUGAAGAAAGAACUGAGAGAGAUGUUACCUAUUAUUGUGUUCAAGGAGAGCUUUUCUGUAACUGAUACCCUAUGUUCUGUAUGCCUUGGGGACUACCAAGCAGAUGAUAGGCUGCAACAGAUACCAGUUUGCAAGCAUGUAUUUCAUGUGGAAUGCAUUGAUCACUGGCUUUCAACUCACACCACAUGUCCUCUCUGUCGUCUCUCUCUUCUUGCUUCUUCUCCACCUGUUGCAGAAACAACUAAUGAUACUUCAUCCACCACAGCAGAAAACAGUAGUGAUGCAGAUGCAUCUCUUCAGAUUGAUAAUUGUGGCCAGUCUUCAGCAGAUGUGGAGCUUAUUACUACACAAUAGUUAACAAGGCACGAAAAUCUCUAUUUAUAUUCAUAUAGAAUAGCUGUCUUUGGAUAAUAUGUAGUUAGAUUAUUGGGCUUACAGUAUGUAAUAACUCAUUCCAUAUGGAUACAAAAAUGAAGAGUUCAAGUGGGGAAGUUUAUAUAAGAUAGAAAGUGAGAGUUGUGAU